AUGGUUCAAGGCACCGUCAGCAGCGCCGGUCUGCCCGAGGGAUGGCAGGAGGUGCACGCCGAGGGUAAGGUGUACUAUUGGCACACGGCGACGAACGUGACGCAGUACGAACGACCGACGGGGGAGACGAAGGCGGAGAAUAAGUUUGGGUACCUCGGACACAGCGGGGCGAGCUUCUCUCACUUGGGGGCGGAUGAUUCGUACGGUGCGGAGGAGUAUAACGCGCCGCCGCCGGAUGCGUACGCGCGAGGAAAAGGCCUGGGGACGAAAGACCUCGGGUACGUCGCCACGGAGACGGGAGCGGAGUUUCGAAAGCGAAACGAGAUCAGCGUCCGGGCGCCGCCCGGGCUGACGACGCCCGAUCCGAUGACGUCGUUCGAUCAAGGACCGUGGCCGCCAGCUUUACUGGAUGCGGUGAAACGCGCUGGGUAUGAAGCACCGACGGGGAUUCAGUCGCAGUCGUGGCCGAUCGCGCUCCAAGGAUACGACAUGAUCUCCGUGGCAAAGACGGGUAGCGGUAAGACGGUGGCGUUCCUGUUCCCGGGUCUCAUGCACAUCGCCGAGCGCGGAAACGGGCGCAACGCACGUGGACCGACGAUGUUAGCGCUCGCGCCCACGCGCGAGCUCGCGACUCAGAUUCAGGAGGAGUGCAUGAAGUUUGGCGCGUCUGUCGGCGUGCAGUCCGUGUGCCUGUACGGCGGCGCGCCCAAGGGUCGCCAACUCGCGCAGCUUCGCAAUCGUCCGCAAAUUUGCAUCGCGACUCCGGGUCGCCUGAACGAUAUGAUUGAGUCGCGCAUGGUGGACAUGUCCACGGCGACGUACGUCGUUCUCGACGAGGCGGACAGAAUGUUGGACAUGGGUUUCGAGCCGCAAAUCCGUAAGAUUCUGCAAGCCGUCCCGGUUGAUCGCCAGACGCUCUUCUUCACCGCAACGUGGCCCAAAGCGGUGAUUCGCGUUGCGACCGCCAUCUUGACCAACCCAAUCCAGGUGAACAUCGGCGACACCGAUCAGCUCGUGGCGAACAAGGACAUCACGCAAAACAUUGAGAUCUGCUCCGGCUUCCAAAAAGAGAAGCGGCUCAUGGAAAUCCUUAACAACCCCCCGAAGGAGUGCGAGCCGCUCAAGGCGCUCGUGUUCUGCUCUACCAAGCGUAUGUGCGACCAGCUCGGCCGCUCCGUCGGUAACUUGGCUGGGAUCAUUCACGGCGACAAGGAGCAACGCGAACGCGAUUGGAUCUUGAACCAGUUUCGUAACGGUCGCACUCCGGUCCUCGUCGCCACUGACGUCGCGGCGCGUGGAUUGGACGUCAAGGAUUGCAAUCUCGUCGUGAACUACGACUUCCCGAACCAAAUCGAAGAUUAUGUUCACCGUAUCGGUCGUACUGGUCGCGCCGGAAAAAAGGGCUGGGCUUACUCCUUCAUCGACGCCGACGAGGGUAACAUGGCUCGCAAGCUGAUUCCGAUUCUUCGCGAUGCCAACCAAGUGGUCCCACCGGAGAUUGAGGAGAUGGCGCGAUCUGCUGGUUUUGGUCGAGGCGGUGGCCGCCGUGGCGGCGCUCGAGGCGGUGGUCGCCGAGGCGGCGGCGGCGGCGGCGGCUACGGCGGCGGCGGCGGCUACGGCGGCGGCGGCGGCUACGGCGGCGGCGGCGGCGGCUACGGCGGCGGCGGCGGCUACGGCGGUGGUGGCGGCGGAAAUCCGUUCGGAAAUGGUCCAAGCGGCGGUGGCGGCUACGGUGGCGGCUACGGUGGUGGUGGCGGCUACGGUGGUGGUGGCGGCCCCCAGCGAGGCGGCUACGGAAGCGUUGGUGGCGGUGGUGGCUGGUCGGGUCGAUCGAACCCAUACUAG